UUGUCAAGUCCUUCCUUUAAGUAGUGUUUCAGAGGCAAGUGAAGACAAGAAUCAUCACAGCCUGGCUGACCAUGACUUUUCUGCCAGGUUUAAAGUUUUGAUCUUUUAAACAUACUUUUUCUCAGUUGCCUAUACUGCUGUGCUGAAGAUGGUUCAGUAUUAGAGGUACCACCUUAUUACUGAGACAUUAAAUUGUUGACCCAGCUACUUAGAUACCUUAAAUGAACUUAAAUACCUCUUUGCAUCAAAAUCAUUCUUUUAAAAGGAACUAACAUCCAGAAUUGCUGCUGCAUUUCUUUUUUAAAAUUUUUUUAAAUGCAUUUUCUACAACACUACAAAUAAAAAAAACCCAAACCAAAAUGAAAAAUUAAUACAGUGCAAAAAUAAACAUACAAUAAUAAUGUAAUACAAAAAAGAUAAUUGAGGAAGCACCCAAAUUGAAGUCAUGUAAAGUUAGUAUCCUCCCCAACCCCACAACAAAAAAAACUCCAGACCAACCACAACACAAUAUAGAGAAUAUAAAUCAGGACAUUCAAACCCCCAAAAACUGUAAAUACACUUGAAAACAGAAGAUAAUAAUGCCUACUACCAAAAAAAAGAGCUGAAAGUAAGGGACUGAAAAAAAAUCAUAAUUAAGAGGAAAAUUAUGAAAGUACUCAAUAAAAGGUCCCCAGACCUUAUGAAACUUUAUAUCCGAAUUAAGAAUUGAAUAAUGAAUUUUUUCAAGGUCUAAACAGGACAUAAUAUCAUUAAGCCAUUGAGCAUGCAUGGACGGAGCAACAUCUCUCCAUCUAAGGAGGAUUAGACGUCUAGCCAGGAGAGAAGCAAUAGAUAAUAUUCAACACUUAGUCGAACUCAAACGUAUAUCUGUCUCACCCAAAAAACCAAACAGAGCAAUUAAAGGGUUAGGUUCUAAGUGGUGAUCCAGAAUACAGGAUAAAGUUAUGAAAACAUCUUUCCAAAAUUUCUCUAAACUAAGACAAGACCAAUACAUAUGAAUAAGAGAAGCCUCGCCCCUUUUGCAUUUAUCACAAAGAGGACUAAUAUUAGGGUAAAAUCGAGAUAAUUUAGAUUUAGACAUAUGGGCUCUAUGAACAAUCUUAAACUGUAAAAGGCAAUGGCCAGCACAAAGAGAGGUUGAAUUAACCGAUUUGAGAAUCGAGUCCCAAAUCUCAUCAGAUAAAGAGAUAUUUAAAUCAUGCUCCCAAGCCAUUCUAAUUUUAUCCUCAGGGACACGCCAUAAGAAUGCUAAUUUAUCAGAAAUAAAUGAUAUUAAACCUUUACCCAGUGGAUUAAUAGAAAGAAAGAAAUCCGUAACAUUUUUCUCGGGCAUUUCAGGGAAGUUAGGAAUUAAAGGAUUAAUAAAAUGUCUAAUUUGGAGAUAUCUAAAAAAAUGGGCAUUAGGCAGAUUGAACUUAGCAGAGAGCUGUUGAAAAGAUGCGAAGCGAUUAUUGAUAAAAAGAUCUUCAAAAUGUCUAAUGCCCUUCCUAUACCAAUCAUAGAAUGUUGAGUCAUACAUAGUAGGUAAAAAAAGGUGAUUAUGUAAGAUAGGACUAGAAAGGGAAAAACCAGAAAAAACAGAAAAUUUCCUAAACUGAGCAUAUUCGCAAAUUGUGUCUGACAAGAGGAUUAACAAAAAGAGUGAAUAGCUAAAGCAGAUUUAGUAGGUGAUCUAGUAACAGAGGACGAUCGAUCCAAAUUAGGAUCUAACCAACAAUUAAAGUCGCCACCCAGUUUAAGAGAAUAUGAAUUUAAAUCUGGUAGUGAGGAGAAAAAACGUUCAAAAAAAUUAACAUCAUCAAAAUUGGGAGCAUACAGGUUUGCUAGUACAACUUCAGUAUUAUAUAAUUUACCAGAAACGAUAAUAAAACGGCCAUUUGUAUCAGAUAUCUUAUUAUGGAGUUCAAAAGGAAUAUUUGAAUUAAUAAGGAUGGAAACCCUCCCUAGCUUUGGCGGCAAAGGAUGAAUGAAAAUGCUGACCCACCCACUUUGACAAAAGCCGAGAAUGAUCAAAACUACGAAUAUGAGUUUCUUGAAGGAAAGCAAUGUCAGCUUUGAGUUGUUUAAUAUGAGAGAAGACCUUCCUUCUUUUAACAGGAUGAUUCAAUCCCUUUGCAUUCCAGCUCACAAAUUUAAGUGUAUUAACCAUUAUCAAUUGUUAGUGCAUAGAAGGUAGCAGGCAUAUUAAAAAAAUCAAACAGUACAAUAACAGUCUGGGAGCAAAAAUGUAAACAUGAAUCUGUAGAAUCAGGACAGACACAUGCCCUGAAUAGCAAGGGAAAACAAAAAAAAAACAGUGAGUAGUGUUGGAACUGGAGAAUCCAUCCCACCCUCGCAACCCAAAACUAGACGGCUACCCAAAAAAGCAGCUAGCUCUAAAAAAAAAUUAACCCAAAAUUGACUUCCAGUUCUGUAUCGUUAACAAAGGUUCCGUAUAUAUAAUAUAGCAAAUAAUAGCUAAUUUAUGCACUUGAGAGCAAAAUUACAAAUAGGAACAACUUCAUCAGAAAAGGUAUAAAACUUAAAACAAAAAAAAAAUCAGAAAGGAAAACUAACCUAGGGGGAAAUUAUAAAUUUAAAGAGAGUACUUAUCAGCCGUUUACAGGAAAAAAGCAAAUCUUAUACUAUAAAUCAACCAACAGGGAGGCCUUCAAUAAAAAAACUCUUAAGCCUCCAAAACAAAUUAAGAUCAAUUGUAGUUCUCUAUAGAUAAAGUUAAACAGAAGUAAAAUAAAUUACACAGGUAAAAUCUAAAAGUCCGCAGGAAAACAUUAAACUUAAAUCAUCUAUUUAGGAAAAACGCACCAAGUCCAGGGAGAGAUUAACUAGAGCCCUUAGAAUCUCAAUAGUUAAUGUCUAAAUUAUUCAAGUAAAGUCUGAGUUCGAAAAAAAGAACUUUACUUGGAAAAGUACUUAUCAGCCAUUUUAGAAGGUCAGACCGGUUCCGAAGAAGACAAGAUGGCUGGAAGAUUUCCAACAAACAACUCAGCCUCCUUCACUAAUUUAAACCACUUAUAUUCUCCAGUAGUAAGCGCAAUUCAAAGAUCGGCUGGAUUUCGAAGAGAAGGUCUGAAUCCACGAUUAAAAAGCACUUUCAAUACACCUUUAAACUCAGCACGCAUCUUCAGAACCUGGGGGGCAUAAUCUUCCACAAAACAAAUAUUCGUGUUUUGAAAAGUAAAAGUACCUCUGCGGCGUGCCUCCAUAAUCAAACGGUUUUUCACCUGGUAUCGAUGAAAGCAUAAAAUAAUUGGCCAUGGACAGGAACCCAAAAUUGCGCAAGGAACAAAAAUCCUGUGAGCCCUUUCUAGCUCAGGUGGAGUUGGAAGAAAUUCUUUCCUGAAAAUCUCACAGAGAAAAGAAGAGAAAAAUUCAACGGAAGAGCCCUUUUCGGUGGCCUCCGGCAAACCGAGAAUUCGUAGAUUGCAACGUCUGCUCCGAUUUUCAAGAUCCACCAUUUUGGAAAAUCUGCAGAAUCUGCAGUGAAUUAGACUACGCCAUGUCAGGAACAGCAUCAGUCCUUCAGCAAUUUGUCAAUGGGUUGAAGAGUCGGAGUGAGGAGACCAGAGCUAAAGCUGCGAAAGACCUGCAACACUAUGUUACCACAGAACUUCGUGAGGUCAACCAGGAGGAAGUCACUUCUUUCUAUGACGAACUGAACCAUCACAUUUUCGAACUGGUUUCCAGUUCCGAUGUGAAUGAGAGGAAAGGCGGCAUCUUGGCAAUUGUAAGUCUCAUUGGAGUUGAAGGAGGAAAUGCAACCCGAAUUACACGGUUUGCCAAUUACCUACGGAAUCUACUCCCAUCUAGUGACACAGUUGUUAUGGAAAUGGCUUCAAAAGCUGUGGGCCGCCUUUCUAUGGCUGGUGACACCUUUACGGCAGAAUAUGUGGAGUUUGAAGUGAAACGUGCACUUGAAUGGCUUGGAGCAGACCGUAAUGAAGGAAGGCGUCAUGCUGCGGUUCUGAUUUUGCGUGAAUUGGCAGUCAGUGCACCUACUUUCUUCUUUCAACAAGUGCAGGCUUUCUUUGACAAUAUAUUCUAUGCAGUCUGGGAUUCUAAACAGGCCAUAAGGGAAGGCGCUGUUGCUGCUUUACGAGCUUGUCUGAUUCUCACCACUCAAAGAGAGACCAAAGAAAUGCAAAGACCCCAGUGGUACAAGCAAACCUUUGACGAGGCUGAGAAAGGAUUUGAUGAGACUCUGGCUAAAGAGAAAGGGUUGAAUCGUGAUGACCGUAUACACGGUGCUUUGCUUAUUCUAAAUGAAUUGAUUCGUAUAAGCAGCAUGGAGGGUGAGCGCCUGCGUGAGGAAAUGGAAGAUAUCACUCAGCAACAAUUAGUACAUGAUAAAUACUGCAAGGAGUUGAUGGGAUUUGGAGCAAAACCCAGACAUAUUACAUCCUUCACAAGUUUCCAGUCUGCACAGCCCCAGCAAUCAAAUGCACUUCUGGGUCUUCUUGGAUAUAAUACACCCCAGAGCAUUUCAGUAUUUGGCGCCACUCCUGCUCCAGCCAAACCAACUUUGGUGGAAAGUAGAUAUUGUCGCGAGCACAUGGAAGCACGGAUUGAGCAGGUAAUUCAUUGGGUGCUGAAGUAUCGCAGCAGCAAGAAUCCACUGAUUCAAAUGGCAAUUUUAAACUUGAUUCCCCGUCUUGCUGCUUUUAAACCCCUUUUGUUCACGGGUGAGCGAAAAGAACAGCAUCUGUAUGAAUCCAUGAACCAUCUGUUGGCCUGUCUGAAAAGAGAAAAAGAACGUGCUGCUGCAUUCCAAGCCCUGGGUCUACUGGUAGUGGCUGUAAAAACAGACCUUGAUCCAUAUAUGCCAAGAAUCCUGGACAUUUUAAAAGCAGCCCUCCCACCGAAGGAUUUUGCUCACAAACGGCAAAAGCCUGUUCAAGUGGAUGCAACUGUGUUUACUUGUAUAUGUAUGUUAGCUAGAGCUAUUGGACCAACUAUCCAGCAAGAUAUUAAGGAACUACUAGAGCAGAUGCUUGCUGUUGGGCUCAGUCCUGCUUUGACAGCUGUACUGCACGAUCUAUGUCGACACAUACCAGCACUUAAAAAGGAUAUUCAGGAUGGCUUACUGAAGAUGUUGUCACUGGUGCUGAUGCAUAAACCUCUUCGACACCCAGGCAUGCCCAAAAGUUUAGCUCAACAGCUUGCAUCCCCCAGCUUGAUGAAUAUCCCUGAAGCAAAUGAUGUUGGAUGCAUAACUCUUGCACUUCGUACCUUGGGCACCUUUGAAUUUGAGGGCCACUCUCUUACCCAGUUUGUCAGACACUGUGCAGACCACUUCCUUAACAGUGAGCACAAAGAGAUUCGAAUGGAAGCAGCUAGAACUUGUUCAAGACUACUUACUCCAUCAGUUCAUCUUAUCAGUGGUCAUGGCCAUGUUGUCAGUCAGACAGCUGUUCAAGUCGUGGCAGAUGUACUUAGUAAACUCCUUGUUGUAGGAAUUACAGAUCCAGAUCCUGAUAUUCGGUACUGCGUGCUGGCAUCAUUAGAUGAACGUUUUGAUGCCCAUUUAGCCCAAGCUGAGAAUCUGCAAGCUCUUUUCGUGGCACUGAAUGAUGAAGUCUUUGAAAUUCGAGAGCUAGCCAUCUGCACGAUUGGUAGAUUGAGCAGCAUGAAUCCUGCAUUUGUGAUGCCUUUUCUUCGCAAAAUGCUGAUACAGAUUUUAACUGAACUGGAACAUAGUGGAGUCGGCCGAAACAAAGAACAAAGUGCCCGAAUGUUAGGCCACCUGGUUUCAAAUGCUCCUCGCCUUAUCCGGCCAUAUAUGGAACCUAUUCUCAAGGCUUUGAUCUUAAAAUUGAAGGAUCAUGAUCCGAACCCUGGAGUUAUUGUUAGUGUCCUAGCUACAAUUGGAGAACUGGCCCAGGUGAGCGGGCUGGAGAUGAGAAAGUGGAUGGAUGAAUUAUUUCCUAUCAUCAUGGACAUGCUUCAAGAUUCUUCAUCACUUGCAAAAAGACAGGUGGCACUGUGGACCUUGGGACAGCAAGUUGCCUGCACUGGCUAUGUGGUGGAGCCUUAUAGGAAGUACCCAUCUCUUCUUGAAGUGCUGCUAAACUUCUUGAAGACUGAGCAGAACCAGGGUAUUCGGAGAGAGGCUAUCCGUGUCUUAGGGCUGUUGGGUGCGUUAGAUCCAUACAAACACAAGGUUAAUAUUGGGAUGAUUGAUCAAUCUCGUGAUGCAUCAGCUGUCAGUCUAUCAGAAUCUAAAUCAAGUCAGGAUUCAGCUGACUACAGCACCAGUGAAAUGUUGGUGAAUAUGGGGAAUUUACCACUGGAUGAAUUUUACCCAGCUGUUGCCAUUGUAACCCUCAUGCGUAUCUUGCGAGACACGUCUCUUUCAAACCACCACACAAUGGUUGUUCAGGCUGUCACUUUUAUCUUCAAGUCUUUGGGUUUAAAGUGUGUCCAGUUCUUGCCUCAAGUUAUGCCCACGUUCCUCAAUGUUAUCCGAGUGUGUGAUGCCAAUACUCGAGAGUUUUUGUUCCAGCAGCUGGGAAUGCUUGUUUCAUUUGUGAAAAUUCACAUUCGACCCUAUAUGGAUGACAUAUUUGCCUUGAUUAAGGAAUAUUGGACACUUAACAAUCAAAUGCAGAACACCAUUAUUCUGGUUAUUGAGCAGAUUGUUGUUGCUUUGGGAGGGGAAUUUAAGCUUUAUCUGCCACAGCUGAUUCCUCACAUGUUACGUGUCUUCAUGCAUGACACCAGUACAGGACGCAGUGUCACAAUCAAGCUAUUAAACGCAAUACAACUAUUUGGAGCCAACCUGGAUGAUUAUCUGCAUCUUCUGCUUCCUCCAAUUGUCAAAUUAUUUGAUGGACAAGAAGUACCCUUGACACCUAGAAAGGUGGCUUUGGAGACUCUGGAUCGCCUGACAGAAUCUUUGGACUUCACAGACUAUGCCUCAAGGAUUAUUCAUCCCAUAGUUCGUACACUGGAUUGUACUCCAGAAUUACGUCAAACUGCAAUGGACACACUUUCUUCAUUAGUAUUUCAACUUGGGAAAAAGUAUCAGAUAUUUAUUCCCAUGGUGAAUAAAAUGAUGAUGCGCCACAGGAUAAACCAUCAACGAUAUGAUGUGUUAGUAUGUCGCAUUGUAAAGGGUUACACAUUGGCAGAAGAAGAGGAAGAAGAUGAUCAGCGCCGGAGUUCACGAGGCAACCAAGGUGACAGACUGUCAAGUGGACCUGUCGAGACUCAACCUAUGAAGAAAUUGCAUGUUAGCACCACCAAUCUGCAGAAGGCAUGGGGUGCAGCCAGAAGAGUUUCUAAAGAUGACUGGAUGGAAUGGUUGAGGAGAUUAAGUGUGGAAUUACUAAAAGAAUCCCCAUCACCUGCACUUCGCUCAUGUUGGUCACUGGCUCAAGCCUACAAUCCUUUGGCAAGGGAUCUGUUUAAUGCAGCCUUCCUCUCUUGUUGGUCAGAACUGCAUGAAUCACAGCAAGAUGAGCUGAUCAGAAGUAUUGAGCUAGCUUUAACUUCUCAGGACAUUCCUGAGGUCACACAAACACUGCUGAACCUGGCAGAAUUCAUGGAGCACAGUGACAAGGGGCCUUUACCUUUGAGGGAUGAUAAUGGCAUUGUCCUCCUUGGAGAGAGAGCUGCUAAAUGUCGUGCAUAUGCCAAGGCCUUGCAUUAUAAAGAGCUGGAGUUCCAGAAAGGUCCCUGUCCUGCAAUUCUAGAAUCAUUAAUUAGUGACACAUUUUCAUAUCUUUUUCCAUCUGGAGGGACUUGGAGACGACAGCUGUGGUCAGGUGGAAUCCAGAUGUACACAUCAGCAAAACUCAUAAAUAACAAACUGCAGCAACCUGAGGCAGCCGCUGGGGUCCUGGAAUAUGCAAUGAAACACUAUGGAGAAUUGGAGAUCCAGGCAACAUGGUAUGAGAAACUACAUGAAUGGGAAGAUGCUUUGGUUGCAUAUGACAAGAAAAUGGACAUGAACAAAGAUGAUCCAGAGCUUGCUCUUGGGCGGAUGCGUUGCUUGGAGGCACUUGGAGAGUGGGGACAGCUCCAUCAGCAGUGCUGUGAAAAAUGGACCAUCGUCUCUGAAGAUAUAAAAGCAAAAAUGGCAAGAAUGGCAGCUGCAGCUGCUUGGGGACUUGGACACUGGGAUAGUAUGGAGGAAUAUGCUUGCAUGAUUCCAAGAGAUACACAUGAUGGUGCCUUCUAUAGAGCUGUUCUGGCUUUGCAUCAAGAUCUCUUCUCCCUAGCUCAGCAGUGUAUUGAUAGGGCCAGGGACCUGCUGGAUACAGAAUUGACUGCUAUGGCUGGUGAGAGCUACAGUCGUGCCUAUGGGGCCAUGGUAUCCUGUCAGAUGUUAUCAGAGCUGGAAGAGGUAAUCCAGUAUAAGCUCGUUCCAGAGCGGCGAGACAUCAUACGACAAACAUGGUGGGAACGACUCCAGGGCUGCCAGCAGAUUGUAGAAGACUGGCAACGCAUCCUAAUGGUUCGCUCCCUUGUUAUUGGGCCACAUGAAGAUAUGAGGACCUGGUUAAAGUAUGCUAGUCUUUGUGGCAAGAAUGGACGUUUGGCUCUGGCUCAUAAAACCCUAGUACAGCUGCUUGGUGUAGAUCCGUCAAAGCAUCUUGAUCAGCCUCUGUCAACAGUUCAUCCUCAUGUCACUUAUUCUUACAUGAAGUAUAUGUGGAAAAGUACCCGCAAGAUUGAGGCUUUCCAGCAUAUGCAACACUUUGUCCAGAACGUGCAACAGCAAGCUCAGCACGCCAUUGCUGCUGAGGACCAACAACAUAAACAGGAGCUCCACAAGCUCAUGGCAAGAUGUUUCCUAAAGCUGGGGGAAUGGCAGCUAAACUUGCAGGGAAUCAACGAGAGCACUAUUCCUAAGGUUCUUCAGUAUUACAGUGCUGCCACAGAGCAUGACAGGAGCUGGUACAAGGCAUGGCACGCCUGGGCUGUGAUGAAUUUUGAAGCGGUUCUCCAUUACAAGCAUCAGAACCAAACUCGUGAUGAGAAGAAGAAACUCAGGCAUGCCAGUGGAACCAGUGCAACGAGUGAGGCCAGUAACAGUGAGAGUGAGGGUGACAGCAAUGAAAAUAGCCCUAUGCCAUCACCAUUACAGAAGAAAGUUAACGAGGAACUAUCAAAGACAUUGCUGCUGUACACAGUGCCUGCUGUUCAAGGCUUCUUCCGCUCCAUUGCCCUCUCAAGAGGCAAUAACCUGCAGGACACACUCAGAGUUCUAACACUAUGGUUUGAUUAUGGACACUGGCCUGAUGUGAAUGAAGCUCUGGUAGAAGGAAUCAAGACUAUUCAGAUUGACACCUGGCUUCAGGUAAUUCCCCAACUCAUUGCAAGGAUUGACACUCCGCGAGCAUUAGUGGGGCGACUUAUCCAUCAGCUUUUAACCGACAUUGGUAGAUAUCACCCCCAGGCAUUAAUUUACCCACUUACCGUCGCUUCCAAAUCCACUACACCAGCUCGACAUAGUGCUGCUAACAAGAUCCUGAAGAAUAUGUGUGAGCACAGCAACACUCUAGUGCAACAGGCUAUGAUGGUGAGUGAGGAACUGAUUCGUGUUGCCAUCUUGUGGCAUGAAAUGUGGCAUGAAGGCCUGGAGGAAGCAUCAAGACUUUACUUUGGAGAGAGAAAUGUCAAAGGAAUGUUUGCAGUUCUUGAGCCUCUGCAUGCCAUGAUGGAACGGGGGCCUCAAACUCUCAAGGAAACAUCCUUCAACCAGGCAUACGGCAGGGACUUGAUGGAGGCUCAGGAAUGGUGUAGAAAGUACAUGAGAUCGGGAAAUGUAAAGGACCUCACCCAAGCUUGGGACCUCUACUAUCAUGUGUUCCGACGGAUUUCAAAACAGCUGCCCCAGCUCACCUCACUUGAACUUCAGUAUGUAUCACCUAAGCUGCUAAUGUGCCGUGAUUUAGAAUUGGCUGUACCAGGCACCUAUGAUCCAAACCAGCCAAUCAUCCGAAUUCAAUCAAUAGCUCCUUCCCUUCAGGUUAUAACCUCUAAGCAACGACCAAGGAAGUUAACCAUCAUGGGAAGUAACGGCCAUGAAUUCAUGUUCCUACUAAAGGGCCAUGAAGACCUGCGCCAGGACGAAAGGGUGAUGCAACUUUUCGGAUUGGUGAAUACCUUGCUUGCUAAUGAUCCUGCCUCUCUGCGGAAGAAUCUGAGUAUUCAAAGGUAUGCUGUCAUCCCUCUGUCCACAAACUCUGGUCUAAUUGGCUGGGUCCCUCACUGCGAUACCCUACACGCACUCAUUCGAGACUACCGUGAGAAGAAAAAGAUUCUGUUAAACAUUGAGCACCGCAUUAUGCUGAGGAUGGCUCCAGACUACGAUCACCUUACCCUGAUGCAGAAAGUUGAAGUGUUUGAACACGCAGUGAACAAUACAGCGGGAGAUGAUCUGGCCAAGUUACUGUGGUUAAAGAGUCCUAGUUCUGAGGUGUGGUUUGACCGAAGAACCAAUUACACACGCUCAUUAGCUGUAAUGUCAAUGGUGGGCUACAUCCUGGGGCUUGGAGACCGACAUCCAUCAAACCUGAUGCUGGAUAGGCUCAGUGGAAAAAUCUUACACAUUGACUUUGGAGAUUGUUUUGAGGUUGCAAUGACCAGAGAGAAAUUCCCAGAGAAGAUUCCGUUCAGAUUGACCAGGAUGUUAACCAAUGCCAUGGAGGUAACAGGAUUGGAUGGGAACUAUCGAAUUACAUGUCACACAGUGAUGGAAGUGCUUCGGGAGCACAGGGACAGUGUUAUGGCAGUGCUUGAAGCCUUUGUAUAUGACCCUUUGUUAAACUGGAGGCUCAUGGACACAAACGUUAAAGGUAACAAACGUUCCAGGACGAGAACAGAUUCCUACUCAACCAGUCAGACAGGGGAAUUGCUGGAUGGGGUAGAACUUGGAGAAACAACACAUAAAAAAACUGGGACUACUGUGCCUGAAUCCAUACAUUCUUUUAUUGGAGAUGGUUUGGUGCAGCCUGAGGCCCUGAACAAAAAGGCAAUUCAAAUCAUUAACAGAGUUAGAGACAAACUUACAGGUCGUGAUUUUGCCCACGAUGAAACUUUGGAUGUACCCACUCAGGUGGAGCUGCUAAUUAAACAGGCAACAUCCCAUGAGAACCUCUGUCAGUGCUAUAUUGGAUGGUGCCCCUUUUGGUGAAGCAAUUUCAAUACAUGCCAGAUGGCCUCAUAAAAGUUGAAUGUGAUUCAUGCCAAAUAAGCCAUGUUUAUUUAUUAAGGUUUGAAACCUUGCUGGAUAUAACACAAAUGAUACAACGCACAGAGUAACACAGCGGACUGCAGCCUAAGUGGACAGGGCUCUGCAACCAGGAGCCUGCGCAGAUGGGAGAUUUACCAGAGCAAGCUGGAGGUUUUGAGAGCAACCUGAGCUGAAUGACGUGACCUGUACAGUCCCAAGUACUGACAUUUUGAAAAUCACUGUUAGACAUAAGCAAGGUUAUUUUUUAGUACUAAUUUGGUAAUAUUUAGCUGAGCACCCUGAUAGAAUAAUAAAUAUUGUAAUUACUGUGGAAUACAUAUUUCUUCUGGCCAGAAAUUCAGUUCAUAAACCAUUCAUAAAAUGUCAAUAAAGCAAUUAA